AUGGCCUACGAAAGUGAGUUUUAUAUUUGAAAAAAAAAAUACAUUCCAAGAUUAUUUUUUUUUAAAUUGAAUAUUAGAAAUAACGAAACUUGAGAAACUGACAUUUUUACCGUUUCAUCAAUUUUUUGUAGUUUCGUCUGAAUCAGUAAUAAAAGGCAUAUGGUUCUGAAUGUUAAAAUUUUCAUUUUAAUCUAAGCGUUGACAAGUAUACAACCUUUUGUUAAAGGCAUAGGGGCAGUAAAAAACUGCGUUUCAGUUCAAAGCAGUACUUUGUAGAGCUUUUCAUUGCGAAUCGAACGGUGAACUUGGAAACGUACAGAAGUUCCUAGUUUUGGAGAAAAAAUAAUUCAAAGUCGGAGAGAGGAAAGUUUGAGUUCCCGCAAAAAGAGCGCUUUGCAGUAAGGUUGCUCUAUCGACAACAGGCUUCGCCAACUUCCGGAUUUUCGCUUUUUUCUUCGUUUCUUUCAAUUUUCAAUUUUUUCUGUUGUCACCAAAGUUCUUUUCGUCACAAAAGCUUUCUAUUCAUGUAUAAUUUGCAAAUUUUGAUCGCAAAAAAGCGUUUCUGGUGAAAAAUGAUGAUUUUACAUAGGUUUCGAUUGGGAUAGCGAUUAUUUGUGUUUUCUUUAUUAUCAAUGUGUGUUUUCUGUUUUCUCAAUCGAUUUUUCAGAGAAGAAACCCUUAAUUUGAAGCAGAUAGCCGGUUAUUUCACACAAAAUGCGAGUCUAAUGAGACGUCCGCAACAUCGCGUGUACGGCUACUGUAAUCAGUUGUCUGCAUACCGAUCCAAAGCUUUUUUCAAAAUCAAAGGCGGGAAAGUAAAAUUGCGUUUUUCUUCUAAAGUUGUCACAUCUGUAAUUUUUUUGAGUACACCAUUCGAUUCGCAAAGAAAAACUGUAUAAGAUACUUCUUUCACCUGAAACACCAUUUUUUACUGCCCCUAUGCCUUUAAGUUAAAGUUCGAAAAACUUAUUUUUUUUUUGUUUUCAGAAAAUCUCAUUCGCCUUGCUGAAGAUCUGAAAGACGUAAGCGUAAAGGAAUUGAAUUCGAUUGACUUUUUCCUGCUCCACUCGCAGUCUUUUCACCUCGGAAACAGUUAAAAUUCUCCUUUUUUGUCAUAUUUUGUGCCUUUUCCAGAUCUUUACAACUGCUUAUUAGAAGAAAACUUCCGUCGCAACCCCACAUAUUCAUACGCUCAGGUUUUUUUAAUUUUACUAUUUAUUUAUAAUGCACAUGUUCUCAGUGUGUUGCUUGGCUGGCUUUCGCGGCUCAUUCGACCAUUCAGGAAAUGGUGCCGCGCGGAAAUUAUACGGGAAAGCCUAGGGCUCACUUGAGCAGGUCGAGUUAUAAUUAGUUCAUAUAUUCUUCUAUCUCAACAUUUUAGACUUACGGAUGUAGUUCUGCCUAGACGAACAGGUUACGACGAAGAAAGCGAAAACUUGAUACAGGUACCGAUUUUUUUUUAUUAAAAAAUGUAGAGAAGAUUUUCAGAUUGAAAAGCUCUUGAAUAUUCUCCAGCACUGUGAUUUUAGCAGCUGGACUGACGAACAUCGGGUCAUGUUUAUUUACGGUUUUUGUUUUGUAGCUGAUUUAAUCGAAAUAACUGUUUCAGCUCUUCUGAAAGCUUCUCUUCGAUUCCCUCGACCUUGUGAAGUACCUGAAAUUGGAGCUUUCUUGCGAUUGGUUGGAAAAAGAUCUGAUUUUCUGUAAAUCAUUCAAAUUUAGUUGUUUUCCUACGAAUCCAGUCGUGUUUUGUCGGGGUCAUUAGCAAGCAUUUUCACAAGUUUGACAGGUUUUCGAAGUUCUCAUUUUGAAUCUAAUACCAAUUUUGAGACGACCCGAAGCAGUUGCGAGAUAUUAUGGAAAUGCUGUACUUGGCGACUUUUAAUGUAGAGAUUCCUGUGAUGAUGACUGCUGAAUAUUUUAUCUGCGUUUCGGAACGCGGUGAAGUUGCUGAGAUGAAGCCCAGCUUCGAGGUGAGACCAAGUAGUUAUUUCAAAAAAGGCAAAAAUCAAAAAAGGCCGUUCUUAAGUCCUGCAAAGGAUUGUAUAACUUCAAAAUGAUUCUUGGAAAUCGGAAAAAAAGCGUCUUUCAUGCUGUUACUUUGUCUUUUCAGCGUGUGCAGUGUGGACCAUUUUAUUUUUUUUCAAGGCCCUUUCCUGUAUAGCAUUUUUUUUGAGCAAAAUUCUGUUUAUGAACCCUUUUUUUUCUUUUUAAUAUCUGAACUCCGUCUAUCAAAAUUGUCAAAAAAACUGAAGAUGUCAUUUUUUAGGAACCGAAAAGGAUGUAUGUCAGAAAAAUGUGCGAAAUAAUUGAUUUACUUGUGGUUGAUGUUAUGGAAAGGACAGACGUGAGUUUUUAUCGGCAAUUUUUCAAUUCGAUAAUUUAUUUUCAGCAGGCUUUUAUUCGGGAUCUUGUGCGCUAUGUGAUAGAUGAAGAGAUUGAAGGAAUGUAUGGGGUAGAGGAGACCAGGCAACUACUUUUGAAACUGGCAUAGAAAUCAGCUCGUCUUCUUUUUUUGAAUCCGCAAUUGCUCAACGCGCUGAGGUCGCUCUUUGGUUUAAGUUAGGGUUGCAAAGAGGAAAUUCUCAUCUAAUCGAUUGAAUCGAAUUAAUCUUUGGAAGGAAUCGAACUUUUUUUCGUUUCUAGUUUGACCUAGUGAUUCAUACUGACUCACCUUAGCGACGAACGUACACAAACGCGCGCCGCGGAGAACCCCGUUUCUCUGCUUCUCUUAUUCUUCACAAUGUCUCACUUUAUCUCUCUCUUCUCUAACCGCCAUGAUGUCAUGCGAUUGCAAAAUGUUGUGCAAUAGUGGGUGGCGCUUUUCGGCCUUCGCGUCUUCGGCCAUUCCUUUUUCUUUCCCUCUUCGCCUCCACUCACUUCUAUAACCUCGUGAUCUAUUGUAAAUAAUUUUUAAAGAUAGAAAUUAAUCACUCGAUAGAAUGUAGAAAUAUUUAUAACCUCUAAUUUCGUAAUCGUUAAACAGCGUUGAACAUUUUGAAAGAUUGGUCAGACCGUAAUGUAUGUAGUUUCACCUUUUUCAUCGUUUUUUUUUUCAUAUUUAGAGUUCCUUCUUGUAUCAUGGUUCAUUUUUAUAUUCAUGUACUAAUUGUUAUGUACGCGACGCGUCUUUUGAUUGAUAUUCGUUUUUGUUCAAGUUUAAAAUAUUGAAGUAAAAUUUUCAGGGACCCAGCGAAGGUCCCACCGUAACCGCGACUCGUAUCGGAGGAGCGAACAAGCUAUCAGUGAACGACUAGCUUUCCAAGCAAGGUAUGUGUUAAUCAGGAACAUUUUUCGAAUAAAGGGAAUCUGUCGAUGAAUUGGGACUUCAGUAAAUGGAUCUUAACACGCUCACUGGAUAUUUUUGAAAAAAUAAUACGGUUUAGUUUCUGUUUCUCAAGAAACCAAAACUUUGGGAAUAUGAUCAGCAAUGAUAAGAAUACAGUUUACCUUCUAGAUUUUUCCAUUAUAAUAUUAUUUUUUUUUUCAGAGCUUUCCCACCAGCGCCCUAA